AUGGCGGCGGUUCUUCUCACACUCGUCCUGGCGACCUUGGUACAAGGGCUCCGGUACGAUCCAGACUACGUCGACUACAACCUUAACCAGAAUAAGGACGCCGUGAACCCUUUGGACUAUUCUGCCCCGAAACGAGACAACUACACAGCAUCCCCCAAAAAUUGGAAAUUCCCCUUUUACACGCUUUUCCUCGACAGGUACGCCAACGGCGACCCAACCAAUGACAACAUCAACGGCACUGUCUAUGAGCAAGAUCCCACGAGCAACCAGUUACGGCAUGGAGGCGAUGUUCAGGGUGUCAUUGACAGCCUGGAUUACAUCCAGGGCAUGGGAAUAAAGGCUAUAUACAUUGCUGGCUCACCGUUUAUCAAUCUCCCCUGGGGUGUUGACUCGUAUUCGCCCAUCGAUUUGACUCUCUUGGACAUGCAUUAUGGCACCAUCAAGGACUGGCAACGCAUGGUGGAUGAGAUUCACAAACGUGAUAUGUAUGUCAUGAUUGAUCACACAUUCUCAACUGAACUCAGUAUGAGCGAUCUUCUAGCAUUCAAAGGCUUCGAGAACGAAACCGCACCCUUUUCACUCAAAGAACACAAGGUGCACUACAAGGGUAACCGAGAGUACCUCGAUUUUGCGCCAUCCAAUGAAUACAAGGACGAAUGCCAAUAUCCCAGAUUUUGGGAUGAAACGGGAAUGCCUGUUGGAGAGGACGUCACUAGCCAGCUGAAAGGCUGCUACGACAGUGAUUUUGACCAGUACGGUGACAUGGAAGCCUUUGGUGUCCAUCCGGACUGGCAACGUUCCUUGGCCAAGUUUGCUAGUGUCCAGGAUCGGUUGAGGGACUGGGCACCAUCUGUUCGCAAACGCAUCGAGUUAUUCUCCUGUCUUUCGAUCAGGGUGCUUGACGUUGACGGGUUCCGCUUCGAUAAGGCCACGCAAGUCACGGUCGAUGCUAUGGCCGAGCAUAACGAAGCCAUCCGCAAGUGUGCCAAAGAACACAACAAAGACAACUUCUUCAUGCCCGGCGAAAUCACCGGAGGCGACGGCUACGGUGCGAUAUAUAUCGGCAGAGGACGGCAAUCGAACCAGAGGCCAAGUUUUCCGCAGGUCAUGAAUCUGACGACCAAAGAGCUGAGCAAGAACAACAGCCUGGUUAUCCGUGACGAGGGCAAAAAUGGCCUUGACGCUGCUGCUUUUCAUUAUUCGGCAUACCGGUUUCUGACCAGAUUUGCCGGUAUGAGCGGAAACUUGGAAGCUGGUUACGACCUGCCGCUCAAUUGGGUUGAGAUGUGGAACCAGAUGAUCAUCACUAACGAUUUCGUCAACCCUAAUACUGGCCUGUUCGAUCCACGGCAUAUGUACGGAACUAUGAAUCAGGACGUCUUCCGGUGGUCUGGCAUCAAGCAGGGUACACAGAGGAUGCUUCUGGGUCUGUUCAUCAUGACUCUGCAUAUGCCCGGUAUUCCGUUAGUCUUCUAUGGUGAGGAACAAGAAUUCUAUGUUCUUGACAGCACGGCGGACAACUACCUUUUCGGAAGACAAGCUUUCUCGCCUACCCCCGGUUGGAUGCUUCACGGCUGCCAUGUCGGCAACAGUACCCAAUACGUCGGCUGGCCCAUUGAAACAUCAAGGACCGGCUGCACCGACCCCAGGGUUGCUCUGGAUCAUCGUGACCCAUCGGCUCCGGUCCGCAACAUUAUGAAGUCGAUGUACCACAUGCGCGACACGUAUGAGACUUUCCGUGAAGCAUGGCUCCUGCAGACCCUUAGUUCGAAGGUUAGGAAUGUGACGCUCGAAGGUAGCACCACAAGCACGGAGUUCGGAAUUUGGUCCGUUGCACGCGCAUUUAUGCCGAGUGUUCAAAAAGAAUCAUAUCCAGCUGAACCCGUCUGGCUUGUUUAUCACAACGAGGACAAGGAAACCGAGUAUACAUUCGACUGCUCCAAGAAGGGCCAGGACUUCGUCUCUCCAUUCGAUGCCGGAGCAACCGUCAAGAACUUGUUUUACCCAUAUGACGAGAUCAAACUGGAGAAGUCCACUCAGAGUUUAGGAUUCGCUAAUUCCCAUGCUGUGAGCGGCUGCCUCAGCAAUAUCACCAUGGCGCCCUUCGAAUUCAGAGCGUAUGUACUCAAGGAAGAUUGGGAGUCACCCCCGCCUAUGAUCACCAAGUUCACUCCUGGCCACGACGCUUCUGUCGAGUCUUACGGUAACGGCAAGGUCGAUAUCCAACUAGAGUUUUCUGAGGAAAUGGAUUGUGAGGAGGUCUUAAACUCUAUCUCCUUCACGUCGACAACCGAAGAGAACGCUAGUAUCAAGAUCGAUGCACACCGCUGCGACAAUAUCAAGGCCAGCUUUAUUGCCGAAUACGUUGGAACUAUCCCUUCGACCUGGAGGUUCAAUGCGACCCUGUCCAAUGUAAAGGACGGUAUUCACAGGAUCACCGUCAAGGACCCCCAGUCCGGUCGUAAUGCCAGCACGGGCACUACUGAUCACUUCCUCCUUCGUGUCGGUUCAUCCAACAACCCGCUCGUUAACCCCAUGAAGGCCAACUACUCGAAGACGCUGGUGACGAAAGAGGGUAGUGAUCUCUUCGUCAACCACGCCGCGGCCGGUGCCGAUAAGUGGCGCUAUUCAACCAACUGGGGCUCGACUUGGAGCGACUGGCUCGAAUAUAAGGGAGGCAAGGAGAAGAUCGAUAAGCUAGCUUGGAAGGGGACCAAGAAACAGGAAUGGGACGGUGACCAUGUCAUGGUUCAGUACUGGUCCCAGCUACUUGGUAGCGCCUCGUUCGUCCAGUCUGGUGACAGCAAAGAGACCAAGACGCGCCGCUUACCCCACCUCUUCGCCCAUGGUCUCUUUAACAAGUUCGGCUUCGAUGCUGGUGUCAAGAAUGAGCUGAAGCUGGUUGGUGACGGGCUGUGGGAGGGCCACGUGAUGGAUGAGUGGCCCACGCACUUCCAGCUCAACGUAUGGGGCAUGAAUCCCGAUCAGAGGCCUGACGCCGGGUGGGUAUUUGGCGAUGUGGAUGGAGAUGGGGUUCUGGAUCGUAUGCCGCCUUCAUCUUUGGCACUAAACGUGAUCAAUGCUACGGAACCGCCACCGAUGCCUGCGCUGUCUUGGAAGCUUGUCUUCAACGAUGCACUGCUCACUUUCCACAAGGAACCCCAGGGAAACAUGGCGGUUCAGAUCAUUAUGUUUAUCCUACUGGCUUCACUCCCCAUCGUCGGCGGUCUCACUGCCGUCUGGACUUUCAUGGGCUCCUUUUACAAGGUCAAGGUUAACAAGGUUGGCUUCAAGCGCCGCGGUCGAUCACCACUCCGCGACAUUGGCAAACGCAUCAGCAGUACCGUUUCUUUCGAGAACUUCCGUCAUAAGGACGUGGGCGAUACAGAGCUCGCCGUCAUCCCAGGCAAGCGCAGAAAGGUCAUCAUAGCCACGAUGGAAUACAAUAUCGACGAUUGGAACAUUAAGAUCAAGAUUGGCGGUCUCGGCGUCAUGGCCCAACUCAUGGGUAAGGCACUGGAGCACCAGGAUCUGAUCUGGGUUGUGCCCUGCGUCGGUGGCAUCGACUACCCUAUCGACCAGCGCGCUGAGCCUAUGUACGUGCCCAUCAUGGGCAAGGAGUACGAGAUUGAAGUGCAGUACCACCAGGUUCAGAAUAUCACGUACGUACUGCUCGACGCACCCAUCUUCCGCACCCAAUCCAAGGCCGACCCCUACCCGCCACGCAUGGACGACAUGGACUCGGCCAUCUACUAUGCUGCAUGGAACUACUGCAUUGCUGAAGCCAUUCGUCGGUUCAACCCGGACCUGUACCACAUCAACGACUAUCACGGUGCGGCAGCGCCAUUGUAUCUGCUUCCUGAACGCACCAUUCCUUGCGCUCUUUCGCUUCACAAUGCCGAAUUUCAAGGCAUGUGGCCUAUGCGCACGCCUGAGGAGUCUAAGGAGGUGUGCGAGGUAUUCAACUUGGAUCCGGAAAUUGUAAAGGAGUAUGUCCAGUUCGGAUCCGUCUUCAACCUCCUCCAUGCCGGAGCAAGCUAUCUGCGCGUUCAUCAAAAGGGUUUUGGUGCCGUGGGCGUCUCGAAGAAGUAUGGUGACCGCUCUUAUGCCCGCUAUCCCAUCUUCUGGGGUCUGUCCAAGAUCGGCCAGCUGCCGAACCCUGACCCGAGUGACACGGCCGAGUGGAGCAGAGACGAGCAAAUCCAGGCGAAGGACGUCGUCGUCGAUCUCGAGGCUGAGGCAAAACGUGGUGAUUUGAGGAGGCAAGCGCAGGAGUGGGCUGGGUUGGAAGUCAACCCGGAUGCGGAGCUCUUCGUCUUCGUCGGCAGAUGGUCGCUCCAGAAAGGUGUCGAUCUCAUUGCUGAUAUCUUCCCGUCCAUCCUGGAAAAGUAUCCCACCACCCAGCUCAUUUGCGUCGGCCCGGUUAUCGAUUUGUAUGGAAAGUUUGCGGCACUCAAGUUGGCGAAGCUUAUGGAGAAGUAUCCCAAGCGCGUUUACAGCAAGCCCGAGUUUACCGCCCUGCCUCCUUGUAUCUUCAGCGGCGCUGAGUUUGCUCUGAUACCCUCCCGCGACGAACCGUUUGGUCUGGUUGCUGUUGAAUUCGGUCGAAAGGGCGCGCUCGGCGUUGGUGCCCGCGUUGGUGGCCUUGGACAGAUGCCUGGUUUCUGGUACACGAUCGAGUCGACCGCUCCUCAGCAUCUUAUCCAGCAAUUCCGUGGAGCCAUUGUCAGUGCUUUGGAAAGCAAGAAAAAGGACCGUCAGAUGAUGAGAGCCUGGAGUGCCAAGCAACGUUUCCCUGUUGCUCAAUGGGUUGAGGACCUCGACACGCUUCAGACCGAGGCUAUUCGCAUUCAUCACAAGGAAGCCAAGAAGCGGAAGAGAGUUCCUAGUGGCUCUUUGCUCACAGUUCCUUCUAGCGUUGAUCUUCACGGCAACAAUACCCAGCGCGAUUACUUUGAUGAUGCAGUCUCGACUCCUGCGGGCGCACGAUCCCGAACGGCAUCUACUGUUUCGACGCCGGGGCCUCAAGACGGUGCAACACAUCACAGACGAACCCUCUCCAGUCCCUUUGAUGAUGACAUUCCCAGCAUUGCGUCACCGCCUCCCGGCACUCCAGGAUCCCCUCCUACCGUUAACGUGGACCGUGUCGGCGAUCACUCAGAUCACGGUGGUGAAGAUGGUGCUGAUGAACCCCUCAUGCCACCGAACCCCUUGUUCCUUAACCCCUCUGCCAGUUCGUCGGUCACAGAUGUUGCCUCUAUUGCAGCUAAUGUCUACGGCCACGCGGGUGACCGCAGUAGUAUCGACACCUUUGCGAUGCGCAUGAUGUCUCCCGACAGUUCCGAGAUUCGUCCUCAAGCUUUUGGUCUGCUCAAUCCACAAGCCCGUCCCGGUGCUGAAGCCCUCUACCAAGCACGCAACCGCAACAGCUCGCGUCUCUCCGUCAUUGAUGUCGUUGGUGACAGGCAGGAUUUCCGCCUGCAAAAGGUUGAUCCUUUCUUUACUGAUGCCAAUGGCCAAUACUACCGCGAGUUCGAGCGAAAACUCAACGGGCUCACGGCUAAGAACUCGGAAACCGAACUCUGCAUCGAGGAUUACCUCAAGGAAAGCGAGAAGGAGUGGUUCAAGGAAUUCAGAAACGCCAAAUUGGGCCGCAGCCGCAGCCCGAGCCGCUCCCGGAGUCCCAUGCCAGGCUUGAAGAUUAAGAAGACGAGACACGCGAGCAUCGGCAGCGUCCAGAGCAUUUCGCCUACCGAAGACGACGAUCGUGAGAACGAGGAACGCAACAACAGCAACAAUGAGGGUGUCGGUCACCAUCGCGACGACCAAUUUCUGCUUGGCGACGGGUACAAGCCGCCCACUGGCUUAAAGAAGCUGCUCUCCAUCCGCCUCGGCGACUGGCCCAUUUACUCUUUCAUCAUCGCACUCGGCCAGAUUCUUGCCGCCAACACAUAUCAGAUCGUACUCCUCGCUGGUGAAUCCGGACAAACGCCCACACAACUUUAUAUCGUUGCCGGCACCUAUGCCCUCGGCUCCCUUCUGUGGUGGUUCAUGUUCCGCCGCCUGCCGGCCCUGUACUCGCUCUCCCUGCCCUGGCUUUUCUAUGGCCUGGCAUUCAUGCUGCUUGGCGUAACGCCGUUUAUGCCUGAGCAUGUCCGUUUCCCAGUCCAAAACACUGCGUCGGCAUUGUACGCCGCUGGUGCAUCAAGCGGAUCGUUGUUCUUUGCCAUGAACUUUGGCGAUGAAGGCGGUGUUCCCAUCAUGACCUGGAUCUUCCGCGCCGCCAUCAUCCAAGGAAUUCAACAAGUCUACAUUCUAGCCCUCUGGUACUGGGGUAGCCUCCUCACUGCGCAAACCCCUACUGGCUCUCCGCACGUCGGCACCUGGAUCGCCAACAAAGUCCCCGUCGCCCUCGUUAUCACCGUUCCCAUCGCCCUGAUCUUCUGGUGCCUAGGCGUCAUCUCCUUCGUUGGUCUACCUGAUUACUACCGCCAACUCCCCGACAAGAUCCCCUCCUUCUACAAGUCACUGUUGCGCCGCCACAUCGUGCCCUGGUUUUUGUUGAUGGUCGUCAUCCAGAACUACUUCCUCUCGGCCCCCUACGGCCGCACCUGGGAGUUCUUGUUCUAUUCCCGCGCCGUUCCCGGCUGGGCCAUCUUGCUUCUGGCCAUCGGCUUCUUCGUCGGCGUUUGGUGUCUGCUGCUCUGGCUCUUCGCCUACUUCACCAAAACCCACCCCUGGAUCGUCCCCCUCUUUGCCAUCGGCCUCGGCGCCCCGCGCUGGGCACAGAUGUUGUGGGCCACCAGUGGAAUCGGGCUCUAUCUCCCCUGGUGCGGCUCCGUGGUGCUUUCGGCGAUCAUCUCCCGCUGCUUGUGGCUGUGGUUAGGGCUGCUGGAUACCGUGCAAGGAGUGGGGUUGGGUAUGGUUUUGCUGCUGACGCUCACGAGGCAGCAUGUGGCUGCCACGCUUAUUGGGGCGCAGUUUUUGGGGGCAGUGUUUAUGAUGCUGGCGAGGGCUACGGCGCCGGAUAAGGAUGGACCGGGAGAUGUUUUCCCGGAUUUUAGUGCGGGCGUGAUGCCCGGGUUGGGAAGGCCGUGGUUUUGGAUUGUCUUGGGGUUGCAGCUUGUGCUGCCGAUCGGGUUCUUCAAGUUCUUUAGGAAGGAGCAGGUUGCUAAGCCUUGAGCGUGGAUGUCAAAAGGAAGAGAAAAAAAGGAGAAAGGGUGAAGGGGAAUGAAUGGGAUUUAUGGGGUGAAAUGGCGGGAAGGAACAAGCGGGAUUCGGUUGCUUUUACAAACUACUAACGACUGGACUGGAUGUACGAAACUAUGGUUAAAAGGGUACUGUGGGAUAAAUUUGUAUUGAUACCCUUUUGUUAUAAAAGAGGUGAUUUUCGUUUGGUUAUAUAAAGCAUAUACCCCCCGGUUACUAGAAGUAUUUGGUCCGAAACAUUUAAUGCUUAUAAGUACUG